AUCGUCAACCAACACCAUGGUUAUUAAUCCCACUCAUCUCGCGCAACGGACGCGCCAGUCCGUCAAUUGGGCCGAUGCCCAACGACGAGUUUUGAAGAGCUACCGGGAGUGGAUCCGCGCCGCUCCGGAGAUUCAAACGAUGUACUCUCUCAACAUGCCCGUUUCCGCCCUGAGGACCAAGAUCCGGCAAGAGUUCGAACGGCAUCGAUACGUGAAGCAAAUUGGAGUGGUGGACGUGCUGCUAUUUCAGAGCCAUUCGGAAUUUCAGGAAACAUUAAACUACUGGAAGCAGUUACCCCACGUCCUGAAGUAUUUCCGAACAGAGGAGGAUCCAAAGGCAAAACGUCCGGAAAAUUUUAUGCAUGCUUUCUUGGAGGGCCGCAACUAAAUACAAGCAUUUUCUCGCAGCGUCCUGUACAUAUCCUGAUGAAUCUUGACCAUACUCCCCAGGCCUCCCAUGCCUUUACGCCGUGCAAUGCUAAUCCAUCCACGCCUUCCAUAAUCUGUUAAUCCUCGUCCAUUUGCCUUGAAGCGAAGUCCUCUCUUGCUGCCGUGAACUUAUCGGCAACGAUAUCGCACAGGUCCAUUAAGUCAUCAAACCCUUUAUCCAGCGCUUCGAUAGCAG